AGACCUGGCGCCCCGGCGGCCCUCGGACGGCCGGUCCUGCAUCCUGGCACUUACCUUCAUCCUGGUAACUCACAAGUCCCCGGACCAAAAACAGGAACAGGUGAACGAUGAGUUCAGGGGCAGCAGCAGAGGACGAGGACGGCGCAGCGUUAGAGACCGUCAAAUCUGUCACACUCACUCAGGACACUGAUGGACGCAUCAUCCUGCACUGUCCUCCCAACGAUGAUGCAGACGAGGAGGCGGAGCCUCUCCAGAAGAAACUGCGUCUGUCUGCAGAGGAACAGGAAGACACAGACGGUCCUCAGUUCUCUGUCGUCACGUUACCCAUGUCGGAGAACGACGAAGGCUUCGAGGUGACGAUGACGGCCACAGCAGACGGUGAUCUGUCUGAGGAAGGUGUCGCUCAGAUUCAGAUUCUGCAGGAGGAUGAAGACACUCUCUCGCCCAAUCAGAAGACAGAGGUGUCGCCUGUCAGUCAGGCCUGGUUCACUACCAAAGAAGACAAAGACACACUGGCUAACAAAGGUCACAAGUGGAAACAGGGCAUGUGGUCUAAAGAGGAGAUCGACAUUCUGAUGAGCAACAUCGACCGAUACGUGAAGGGCCGAGGCAUCGAGGAUCCAGCAGAGAUCAUUUUUGAGAUGUCCAAAGAGGAGAGGAAGGAUUUCUACCGCUCUGUGGCGUUGGGGUUAAACAGGCCGCUGUUCGCCGUCUACAGACGAGUUCUACGAAUGUACGACAACCGCAACCACGUCGGGAAGUACACUCCUGAUGAGAUAGAGAAGCUAAAAGCGCUGAGGGAGAAACACGGGAACGACUGGGCUACAAUCGGAGCCGCUCUCGGUCGAAGCGCCUCUUCUGUCAAAGACCGCUGCCGACUGAUGAAGGACACCUGUAACACAGGUAAAUGGAGCGAGGAGGAGGAGAGACGUCUUGCUGAGGUCGUGUACGAGAUGGCAGGUGUAUCGCCGGGGUCGGCGGUCACAGGAGGCGUUUCCUGGGCGACGGUUGCUGAUCAGGUUCGAACGCGCUCUGAGAAACAGUGUCGGUCGAAGUGGUUGAACUACCUGAACUGGAAACACAGCGGAGGAACAGAGUGGAUGAAGGAGGACGACCUCAACCUCAUACGCAGGAUCUCAGAGCUGGAGGUGGAGGAUGAGAAUGAAAUCAGGUGGGAGGAUCUGGCGGGCGGGUGGAGCAGCGUCCGGUCGCCUCAGUGGCUGCGAUCGAAGUGGUGGAGCAUCAAGAGACAAGUAGCGAAUCACAAGGACAUCCCCUUCAAUGUCCUCCUGAAGGGUCUCCAGGAGCUCAUGGCGUCCUCACAGACGGCCUCCGGACCGGGGAGUCCCUGCUCCUCCUCCUCGUCCUCGCUCCAGAUCCGACUCACCCGAUUGGAGGAGAGCGGCGGCAGCCCCGCCCCCAGCUCUGUGGCUGCGCUGCAGAUUCCUGUACAGAUCCCGCUGCAGAUCACACACCUGGCUUCAGAUUCUUCAGCAGCAGCCAGCGACAGUGAAACCAUCACUCUGAACACAGGAGCCCUGCAAACCUUCGAGAUCCUGCCUUCGUUCCACCUGCAGCCCACCGGCACCCCGGGGACCUACUACCUCCAGACGACAUCCAAUCAGGGCCUGCCCCUCAGCCUCUCCACCAGUCAGGGCCUCCCGCUCAGUUUAACCAAUAACAGCACUGUUACCCUGACGACAGGCUCCUCCCCCUCAUCACAUGAACACAUCAUCCUCCACAGUCUGUCGACGGACGGCCUCUGCUCCAGCGACGGCGUCAUCAUCCAGACUGUCACCUCUGACCCCGCCUCCUCUGACCCUCUCAGCCAGUCACAGCUGGUCGUGGAGACAGAGGGGCGGGGCCAGGACGAACGCCUCGAUGCCACGAGUCUCCUGGAGGGGUCAGAGAGCGUCGUCACGGAAACUCAGGAGCCAAUGACAGAUGGCUUCACCGACACUGACAAGGAGCUGAACUCACCGUCUGUUGAGGCUCCAGUGGUGCAUUCUGGGAUACCAUCUGGCAGCGCCGUGCUGAUUGUUUCUCCACCCAACAUCAGCAGCACACUGACAGAUCCGAUCCUUGAGAACCAGGAAGGCUCCGACUGAGCAGGACGUUCGUCAUGACAGAUGAAGAUUCAAGGAUGGACGACAGGAGACGAAUUUGCGAAUCCUAGGAUAAGAUUGAUAUUCUUACCCUCACCUUAACCAAUCCAACCAAUGAAGGCAACAAGCACUAACCAGUCAUAGGGAGAGUAGGGCAAGUUAUUUCUUCACGUCCUAGGAUUUGUAAAUUUCCUCUUCUGUGGUGUUAAAGCUGCUGCACAAUAAAGACAGAACUUGUUUGCAGUUUUUAAAACCAGGAUGUGAACAUUUAAAAACAGAUGGUUGUAAAUUAAACCAAACUUUUUAAACUGAAUGAAUUUGAAGCUUCAUAUUGAACCCCUGGAUGAAAUGUUGAACCCCUGGAUGAAAUGUUGAACCCCUGGAUGAAAUGUUGAACCUCUGGAUGAAAUGUUGAACCCCUGGAUGAAAUGUUGAACCCCUGGAUGAAAUGUUGAACCUCUGGAUGAAAUGCUGAACCCCUGGAUGAAAUGUCUGAACCCCUGGAUAUAAUGUUGAACCCCUGGAUGAAAUGUAUGAACCCCUGGAUGAAAUGUUGAACCCCUGGAUGAAAUGUUGAACCUCUGGAUGAAAUGUUGAACCCCUGGAUGAAAUGUUGAACCCCUGGAUGAAAUGUUGAACCUCUGGAUGAAAUGCUGAACCCCUGGAUGAAAUGUCUGAACCCCUGGAUAUAAUGUUGAACCCCUGGAUGAAAUGUAUGAACCCCUGGAUGAAAUGUUGAACCCCUGGAUGAAAUGUUGAACCUCUGGAUGAAAUGUUGAACCCCUGGAUGAAAUGUUUAACCCCUGGAUGAAAUGUUGAACCUCUGGAUGAAAUGUUGAACCCCUGGAUGAAAUGUUUGAACCCCUGGAUGAAAUGUUGAACCCCUGGAUGAAAUGUUGAACCUCUGGAUGAAAUGUUGAACCCCUGGAUGAAAUGUUUGAACCCCUGGAUGAAAUGUUGAACCCCUGGAUGAAAUGUUGAACCUCUGGAUGAAAUGUUGAACCCCUGGAUGAAAUGUUUGAACCCCUGGAUGAAAUGUUGAACCCCUGGAUGAAAUGUUGAACCUCUGGAUGAAAUGUUGAACCCCUGGAUGAAAUGUUUGAACCCCUGGAUGAAAUGUUGAACCCCUGGAUGAAAUGUUGAACCUCUGGAUGAAAUGUUGAACCCCUGGAUGAAAUGUUUGAACCCCUGGAUGAAAUGUUGAACCCCUGGAUGAAAUGUUGAACCUCUGGAUGAAAUGUUGAACCCCUGGAUGAAAUGUUUGAACCCCUGGAUGAAAUGUUGAACCCCUGGAUGAAAUGUUGAACCUCUGGAUGAAAUGUUGAACCCCUGGAUGAAAUGUUUGAACCCCUGGAUGAAAUGUUGAACCCCUGGAUGAAAUGUUGAACCUCUGGAUGAAAUGUUGAACCCCUGGAUGAAAUGUUUGAACCCCUGGAUGAAAUGUUGAACCCCUGGAUGAAAUGUUGAACCUCUGGAUGAAAUGUUGAACCCCUGGAUGAAAUGUUUGAACCCCUGGAUGAAAUGUUGAACCUCUGGAUGAAAUGUUGAACCCCUGGAUGAAAUGUAUGAACCCCUGGAUGAAAUGUUGAACCCCUGGAUGAAAUGUUGAACCCCUGGAUGAAAUGUUGAACCCCUGGAUGAAAUGUUGAACCUCUGGAUGAAAUGUUGAACCCCUGGAUGAAAUGUUUGAACCCCUGGAUGAAAUGGCUGAACCCCUGGAUGAAAUGUUGAACCCCUGGAUGAAAUGUAUGAACCCCUGGAUGAAAUGUUGAACCCCUGGAUGAAAUGUUGAACCCCUGGAUGAAAUGUAUGAACCUCUGGAUGAAAUGUCUGAACCCCUGGAUGAAAUGUGAACGCAGAGCUGGAGGAGCCAGACCAGCAGCAACAAACAGCAGCAGCAACAAACAGACUCUAAAGACUGUGAUGGACGUUACUCUGUGAACUGACCCUUUAAAAAAACACAUGUUCAUAUAUAAUAAAAUAAACAUGAUGAGGCUAAUUUAA